CAAGUUUCGCCAAUCAGCCACCAACGCCACAACCACCAUUUUCUUCCGGUAUCUCAGUUGUUUCUGCACUGUGAUAUAAAUAACAUUAAUAUCGUUGAUAAUUUCAACUAGAACCGAAAAUAUAUAUUCAUCUAGUCACUUUUCUUUAAUCUUCAAUAUGAGUGAAACUAAGAAAUGCAUUAGUACUCUAGAUAUGGAAAAAGUGUCUGCUAUCUUAUUAGAUGUUGCCGGUACAACAACGGCCAUCUCCUUCGUUAAGGAAACACUUUAUCCUUUCAUAAUUAAAAAUGCUGAAGAAUUCCUGAAAAAUAGCUGGGAAAAUGAAGAUGUUAAAAAAGCCAUCAGCCAAUUCGAGGAAAAGGAUCUGGAUAUAACAAAGGCUACAGAAGUAAUCAAGAAUUUGACAGAAAAAGAUGACUCUAACAGUGGCCUGAAAAUUAUUCAAGGAAUGUUGUUGAAGAAGGGCUAUGAAAGUGGAGAAUUGAAGGGAAAUCUUUUCGAUGAUGUGCUAAAGUUUUUCCAAUCUUGGUCCUCAUCCAAGAAGUUUGCUAUCUUUUCGUCUGGCAGUGUGGAAUCACAACAGCUUUUAUUCAAGAAUAGUUCGGAAGGAGAUCUCACAUCUCAUAUCAAGAAAUUUUUCGACACAUCACUGGGAUCUAAAACUGAUUCUGAAACUUACAAAAAAAUUGCAAAAGAAUUAGAAGUCACACCUGUUGAUAUUUUAUUCUUGACUGAUGAUGUAAAAGAGGCUGAAGCUGCUAAAUCUGCAGAUGUUAAUGUUGUUCUUGUCGAACGAGAGGGAAAUGCUCCAUUAACAGAAGAAGCCAAAACUAACUUUACAAUUGUAAAUUCGUUUGCGGACAUCACAGUUGAAAAAAUGAAAAGAAAACUUGAAGAAGCUUCAGCUGAGGAACCUCCGACCAAAAUGGCCAAAAUUGAGAUAAAUGCUGCUGAAGAUAAGGUUGAGAAGAGUAGCGAAAUCAAGGAGACAGAAGAAAAGAAAGAGACUGAAACUAUUGAAGAGGCAAUGGAAGUUGAUGAACAACCUAUUGCAGAAAAAGUUGAAGAAGAAAAGGUUCCUAUUGAAGAGGUCAAGUCUGAAGUUGAAAAGCCUGUACAAGGAGACAAAAAAGAAGAAACAGAAACAAUUGAAUCGAAAACGGAAGAAACUAAACAAGCUGAGCCUGAAGCAAUGGAGGUUGAUUCCAAAGACAGUGAAGUGAAAAAAGAUGACGCAAAAACAGAAGAAACUAGUACUGCCAUAGAAGAACCAAGCACAGCCACAAAAGAACCAUCCACAGCUACAGAAGAACCAUCUACAGCUACAGAAGAACCAUCCACAGCCACAGAAGAACCAAGUUCAGCUGCAGAAGAACCAAGUACAGCCACAGAACAAAAACAAAAUGCUGAAGAGCAAACAAAUAAAGCUGAAUCUGAAAUAGGUACACAAACUAAAUGCGCUGCAACUAAUGAAUGUGAAACUCAAACUACAAUUUCAAUUGCUGCUGUUGAUGAAUUACCAAUCAAAGACGUUCAAGAUAAGUUGAUGGCUACAGAAUCAGGAAAAACUGAAGAACCUAUUGAAGUCGAUAAGGUGAAAAAAGAUGAAGAGAAAAAAAUUGAACCAAUGGAAGAAAAUGAUUCAGGUAAAGUAGAGAAAACCGAUGAGGAAAAAUCAAAUACAGAAGAAAAAGUCCAAAUCCAAAUUGAAAAUGGUACAGCGGAGGUGAAAGAAGUUCAAGCAGAAAGUGAAGAUGGAGUUGAGAAAAUUGAAGAAAAAAGUGAAAAAGAAAAGGAAGAUGUCAAAGAAAAUACUGAUGAUAUUAAGGCAAAUGGUACAUGUGAAAAAGAUGAUGAAAGUAAAGUUGAAAAAGAAGUUAUUGCAGAUAAGAAAGAGAAUGGUGAUGAUAAAAAAGAAAGUGUCUCUCAAGAAAAUGGAGAUGCCACAUCUAAAGAAAAUGGUGAUAAUGCAUCUCAAGAAAAUGGAGAUGUUCCAUCUCAAGAAAAUGGUGUGAAAGAUAAAGUAAUUGAACCAGUUGAAAAAGAAAAUAAAAGUCAGCUGGCAAAUGGUAAGGAAAGUGAAGUUUCUAAUGGUGAAGCUAAUGAACCAACAAAUGGUACAUUAGAACAAAAUGAAGAAGAAAUAAAAGUAAAAAAAAUUGGAGAUAAUGUUGAAAGUGCAGCUGUUAGUGUUGAAGCUUGAAUAUCAACUUAUAUCAAUGAAACUUAUGUUUUAGAGUUUUUGAAUUAUCAUUAUUUAUUCCUCUCUGUUUUUGCUUAGGGUAGUUUCGUUGAUUCUUUUGUUUUCACUCGUUUAUUUUUUUAUUGACUUUUUUCAAUGAAAUUUGUAUUUUUUCUGUCAGUUAUAUUUUCAAUUAUUUCUAGUUGCUCCAAGUGCCAAAUUUUUUCAAAUUAUGAAUUUCAAGACUGUAAUUUGUGGAGACUGUUUGUCGUAAAAUUAUCUUAAAUGUAUGACCAGUAUUAAAAAAAAAAUGAUUUUUCAUUUAUUUGAAGUUGGGAGACUACAAAUUCAUUUUACAUGUUCCCUCUCAAAGAAAGAAAUUUGCAUUUGAUGUUAAUUUCAUUGACUGAUGUGAAAGUAAGGCUGUUUUAUAUAUUUUUUUCAAAUAUUUUGAAUUUGUAUUUCUCCCUUUCAAGAGACUUUGCAUUUUUAAUUGUUAACUCUUAUAUGUGAUAAAUUUGAUCAGUCCACAAAUACUAUUAAUCUGAAUAAUGAGAAGUGUUCUUGUACAUAUAUCUGAAAUGAAUGCAUUCCUUAUUUCUUCACAAUUCUUAAUGUUCACGGAAGAAAUCCUUCCAAUUUACAGAUAUAAUACUCAAUAGAAUUGAUGCUCUCUUUGUUUCAUAUGAACGUUUUGUAUACGUCUAUUAUUUAUAAUACAUUUUGUAGUACUGUAUGUA